AUGGCCCUAAUUCACCGUAGACAUUUAGCUAGAAAUAAUAACAAGGAAUUUCUGCCCGGAUCAGUUGCCUUUAUCACCUUUGCGGGUAGAUCAGGUGUAUCUUUUAAAUAGCAAGCAAUUGCCGAAGUAGCACCGAUUGCAAAAAAAACUUGUUCAACUUGCAAACCGACGAGCGAUCGAACAAUUCACAAAAUGGGCGAAUCGUACGCAAGCAACUAUACUGGACUGACGAAUUACGAAACUGUGAGCAUCGGAGAAUAUACGGAUCUCGUGGUCACAGAAAUUACUGAUACCAAAAAUGAUAACAAGAGAGAACGACAGAGGUUCGAAGAAUCGCAGAUAUCGAUCGGACUGCAGAGCCAACUAGAGUACAAAACGAGCUCGAACGGGGACAAGUCGGAGCUCCUCGACAAGUCGCCAACGGAGCUGUACGCGAUGCUGUUCAAGUUCGGCUUGGCAAACAAUCUCGCCUGGCAAAGCCUGCACAACUUGAUCGGAUUCCUGAGCAAGCUGUUCCGCAAGCCGAUAAUGGACGAGGAGGAAGUGGCGGCGUUGGACAAUCGCGACAUCGAGAUCCACGCGCUCUGCAAGUUCUGCCAGGCGCACCUGGGCGAGUACACGGAGGCCGUCGAGCAGUACGGGAAGUGUCCCCGCUGCCACGAGGCCAUCGCCGAGGACUCGAAUCCCAGUACGGACAACAUGUUCAUCCUGAUGGACCCGACGGAGCGGAUAAAGCAGCUGCUGGGCGCGUUCGCGGCCCACUUGGACGAGGUGAGCCGGGAGGCGCGCGAGAACCGCUUCGAGGACGGCCAGCGGGACUCGGUGUACGACGGCUCGCAGUACCGCUGGUUGCGCCGGGUCAUCCGCGAUCCCGACUACCUGACGGCGGUGCUGCACGCGAGCGAGACUCCCCUCGAGCGGAUCGGCCAGAGCGACGUCUGGCCGCUCUACCUCGCGCUGAACGAGCUGCCGCCGGAGGAGCCAUCGCAGCGGGUCCUCUGCUGCGGCCUGUGGAUCAGCCAGAAGCCGCUCGAUCUGCACUUGUUCCAGCGCAAAUUCCUCGAGUGCGUGGAGCACCUGUCCAAGACGGGCCUGAGCAUCGAGAUCGAGGGCCAACGGCGCCGUCUGCGGCUCCACGUGGUGUCGUGCGUCGUGGACUCGCGGACGCACAGCCGCCUGCUGGACUCGGCCGAGCUCUCCGAGCUGCCCUACUUCGACAUGGACAAGAGCUUCGUGCCGGACGCGCUCGAGUGCAUCUCGGCGGUCGCCUCGCACAUGUUCCACACGUACAUGCGUCUGCUGGAGCCGGCGCAGGUCAGAUACGCGAACACGAAGCUGCGGGCCCUGCUGCCCCCCUCGCAGAGCCUCGACUGGACGCCGCGCUUCUGGGAGAAGUUCGUGCUGUACUACAGCGUGCCGAUCUUCGCGGACCUGCUCGACGGGCCCCAACUCAGUCACUGGAUGCACUUCGUGUCCGGCGUGUACUUGCUGCUGAAGGACCAGACGAAGCUCCACGAGCUCGACCGGGCCGAGGCGCACUUGGAGCAGUUCGUCUCCCAGAUGAGAAGUAUGUACGGGCAGCGGAGCAUCGGUCCGCAGGUGGAUUCGCUGCUGCAGCUGGCCAACGCGGCCAAUCGCUGGGGACCGCUGCGCCUGCUCUCGAGCUGGUGCUUCCAGCCGGCCAAGCGGGCCACCCUCGAGGCCCUGCGCAGCGCCCGCGGCCACCCGCCCAACUUCUUCGACUUGGCCAAGAUGAGCUGCUUCUCGCUCGGUCUGGAAGCCCGCGCGCGCGACCCCCUCGCCGAGCCGUUGAGGGAGUCGAGAUACAGCUCCAGCCGGACCGGGGCCGUGUACUUCGAGGCGGAGGCGAUCAAGCUGCCGAUGACGGGCCUCGGCCUCGGCGAAAACCUCGUGGCCUACCGAAAGAUGCUCAAGGCCGGCUACCGCUUCGAGGCGCUCGACGAAUCCAACUUCACGAGCUGCUUGGACAAGUCGUACGCCCUGCUGGCCGACAACACCUGCGUCCGGAUCUAUCAGUUCGUCGUUGACCUGGACAGCGAAGCCGAGCUGGUCGUUUGCCAGCGCAUCCAGCUGCGCAGCUUCUCCAACGACAAUCCCGAUGUCAGGAUUUACCUGCUCGACUGCGACUAUCCGAUCAGCUAUACGGUCAUCUACGCCGAGGAUCUGGCAAAAGUCUGCGACAUCGUCCACGACGAUAACGACAUGUACAUCUGUCCGCCGCCCUACGCACCCUACGAUUGACCUGCACAUCACCUUCGACUCUAUUAAUUCACGUUUGCAUCGUCAUCCAUUGUGCACGUGUACAUGAUUUUAACGAUGAAGCAAGAUGAUUUGUAGGCAGGUAACGGAACGUUCUACCUGUUCAACUUUUAAUUUUUAUAUAUUGCAACAUGACUCGGCAAUGAACCGGACGAAUCUGUAUAUUUGUAUUUUUGUAUGUAAUUACGAAAAAUAAAUUGAUGCUCGUGGAGGAGAAGCCCCUCCACAUCUCCUUA